AUGGACAUUGGAUGGAUAUUUCUUGGGAUUUUUGCCUUCAUCUGCUUUUGUGUCUUGGUCACAACGGCUUUCCUCUAUUAUAAGAUGAAUAAAGAGAAGAGUAGCCCACUUGAUCAGCCAAUGGGCAAACUGAGGACCGCAAUGGCAACUGGGCUAAGAAAUAACGAUCUCAUCACUGAAAAUCCCUUGAAGGUAGCUGAAGAAGUCACGAACCUGCCACAGCACAUAGCGGAUGCCGAAAACCUCUACAACGAGCGGAAAGUGAAAUACCAAAACCUCUUCAAGAAAGGUGCAAAGUCUUCUGGUGGCUGGAAGCUUUUCGGGAAGAAUCUCUACUACAUUUCAAAAGGGAAAAAGACCUGGUAUGAUGCAGAGAACUUCUGCAUGUCCAGAGAUGCCCAUUUGGCCUCCAUCCUGACUGAUGAAGAACAGACCUACAUCACUUCUCAACUCACCACUCCUGCCUGGAUUGGCCUUACAGAUGAAAGCGAGGAAGGCAACUGGGAGUGGACAGAUGGCUCCAGAUUAAUAACACAGUAUUGGUCUGCUGGCAAUCCAAACAGCUGGGAGAACUAUGGAGACACAGAGGAAGAAGAUUGUGCUUCCAUUAUUCCUUCAACUAGAGAAAAAAAUUGGAGUGAGUGUAACUGCCAUGAACUUCACACUUGGGUUUGCAAGGAGAGCCUAGAUACGGGAGAAUUGUAA